AUAGAGCGGAGGAGUGGCCAGGGUCUUCUCAUCACUUCCGAGGCAGCAGCGUUCCGCCUCUUCCAGCCUUGGGCUCAGCCACUGUGCGCUGUCAAGGGCAGGCGGGAGCUGUACGGAGACUUCGGGUGUCAAGGUGAAUCGACAGGAGACAUGCUGUGUGCAGGGACAGUUAUGGCAAGCAGCCAUGUGCCAGUGAGAGCAUGUGCAAGCCAUCUGAGGUUUAUGCAGAAAUGGUCCGUCCCUCUACAAUCGGCAGUUGGGAAUCGUCCCUUUGCAAGCCAUUCAGCUGAGGAAAGUAAAGCUGUACUUGUCACAGGAUGUGAUUCUGGAUUUGGAUUUUCACUGGCAAAGCAUCUACAUGGCAAAGGAUUCACUGUGUUUGCAGGAUGUCUGUUUAAGGACAAAGGGGAAGGUGUUAAGGAGCUGGACAGUAUGAAGAGUGACAGAAUGAGAACACUUCAGCUGAAUGUUGUAAAGCCGGAUGAGGUGGACAGGGGUGUGGAAAUCAUAAGGGAAAACUUAAAGGAUCCUGAAAAGGGCUUGUGGGGCGUCGUUAAUAAUGCUGGAAUCUCUACCUUCGGAGAAGUAGAAUUCACCAGCAUGGAGACAUACAAAGAGGUUGCUGAAGUCAAUCUGUGGGGUACAGUCCGUGUUACCAAAGCUUGUCUCCCUCUUAUCCGAAGGGCCAAAGGCCGUGUUGUGAAUAUCAGCAGUAUGUUGGGUCGUAUGGCCAACCCUGCUCGCUCCCCCUAUUGCAUCACCAAAUUUGGUGUAGAAGCUUUUUCUGACUGCCUUCGCUAUGAGAUGCAUCCCCUUGGAGUAAAGGUCAGUGUGGUGGAGCCAGGGAAUUUUAUUGCUGCCACCAGCCUGUACAGCCCAGAAAAAAUUAAAGCUAUUGGUGACAAGAUGUGGGAGGAGCUCCCUGAAGUCAUAAAGAAUGAUUAUGGCAGAAAGUAUUUUGAUGAGAAAAUUGCCAGAAUGAACACUUACUGCAAUAGCGGAUCAACGGAUACCUCUGAAGUCAUUGAUGCUAUCACUCAUGCCCUUACUGCUUCUACACCCUACACACGGUAUCACCCCAUGGAUUACUACUGGUGGCUCCGAAUGCAGAUUAUGACACACAUGCCUGGUGCUAUAUCUGACAAGAUUUACAUUCAUUAGUGUGCCUUGAUACUGUAUUGGUACAAAUGCAGCCAAAUUUCUAGAAAAUAAAACGAUGCCUCCUUG